AUAUGUUGGGAUCAAUUGAAUUCGAUUUAUUGUAUUGCCGUGAGCGAAGACAACUCAAAAUUAGACUUAUUAGGGCAAAGCCACCAAACUGACCACAAGUUAAAAAAAUAUCUGCAGAACUUGAUCUCAAUGGACAAAAAUGGUUUCUCGGAUCCAUACGUCAAAUUACACCUUAUUCCUGGUGCAGCCAAGGCAACCAAGUUAACUAGUAAAACAAUCGAAAAAACACUGAAUCCAGAAUGGAAUGAGGAUUUCACUUAUCAUGGUAUUAGUGAAGAUGAUAAAUUGAAAAAAUCUCUCCGAAUUACUGUGCUAGAUCGUGAUCGUAUUGGAGCUGAUUUCCUUGGUGAAACUCGGGUACCAUUAAAGAAAUUGCCCAUUGAUCAGAUCAAGCAUUUCAGUUUGUGUUUGGAACGAGCUAUGCCUGUUGAUAAAAAUGAAAGUACCACCGAACGAGGCAAAAUAUUGCUUGGAUUAGUUUAUAAUGUUCAACAAGGAUCAUUAUUUGUUGAAAUUAAAAGGUGUACAGAAUUGGUAGGAAUGGAUCCGACGGGUUUUUCAGACCCAUAUGUAAAAUUGACAUUAACUCCACUUACGAGUAAAUCGCACCGACAAAAGACGUCGAUAAAAAAAAGGACCUUAAAUCCUGAAUUUAAUGAGACUCUUGCUUUCGUGGUACCAUUCAAAGAUUUGCCGACGAAAACGCUUCAAGUCGGAGUAUACGAUCACGAUGUUGGCAAAUCUGAUGAUUAUAUAGGAGGAAUAUUGUUAUCAGCUUCAGCAAAAGGUGACCGACAAAAGCAAUGGAUAUAUUGUAUGCAAAAUCCAGGAAGUCCAUGUGAAUACUGGCAUGAACUCGAACUUGAGCAAUGA